CGAGCGGGACUCAAUCAGAGGUCCUCAUUUAAAGGGAGAGAAUGGAACGGGAUAUAUAUAACCCCAUCCUAUUUCUUGCUUGCUUACUUGAAAUUCAUCCUUCCAUAGAGGCAGUAACCCAAGCCCAUCAGGUUCUUAAAUUCAAUUGUCCACUUGAUAUGCUCGGUCCAAUUGUCCACCAGAACGCAGCAGCUCCCCAAAGUCAAGUCUACAGUAUCUCGCUUGAUAUGCAACUGCCGGGCGGCUCCAGGUGCUUCGACGAUGAUGGCCGCCUCAAGAGAACCGGAACGGUGUGGACAGCCAGCGCGCACAUUAUAACAGCCGGGUCGGGGGUGCUGUCUCUGGCUUGGGCCAUGGCACAGCUCGGCUGGAUUGCUGGCCCCGCCAUGUUGUUCCUCUUCUCCUUCGUCACUUACUACACCUCCGCCCUCCUUGCUGCCUGUUACCGUUCCGGUGACCCUGUCUAUGGAAAGCGCAACUACACUUGCAUGGACGCUGUCCGCUCGAAUCUCGGUGGGUUUAAAGCCAAGCUAUGUGGGCUGGUUCAGUACCUGAACCUGUAUGGAGUUUCCAUUGGCUGCACGAUUGCUUCCUCUAUUAGCAUGAUGGCGACUAGUCGAUUGAACUGCUUCCACGAUAAGGGAGAAAAGAAUCCGUGCCACGCGAACAGCACCCCAUACAUGAUAGCCUUUGGGAUUGUUGAGAUAAUCUUGUCUCAGAUACCCGACUUCGACCAACUGUUGUGGCUCUCCAUCCUGGCUGCUGUCAUGUCCUUCACCUACUCCACCAUCGGGCUUGGCCUCGGAGUCGCUAAGGUUGCUGAAACCGGGAAGUUCCGGGGAAGUCUGACCGGUAUCAGUAUUGGGACAGUGACUGAAACCCAGAAGAUGUGGAGGAGCUUCCAGGCUCUUGGAGACGUAGCCUUUGUUUACUCUUACUCCAUCAUCCUCAUUGAAAUUCAGGAUACUAUCAAGUCCCCGCCAUCAGAGGCCAAGACAAUGAAAAAGGCAACCUUGAUCAUUGUCGCUGUCACGACCCUGUUCUACAUGCUCUGCGGGUGCUUCGGUUAUGCUGCCUUUGGGGACAUGUCCCCUGGGAAUCUCCUGACGGGUUUCAGUUUCUACAACCCGUUCUGGCUCGUCGACAUAGCGAACGCAGCUAUAGUGAUCCACCUCGUGGGCGCAUACCAGGUUUACUGCCAACCCCUCUUCGAGUUCAUCGAGAAGUAUGCCACAGGGUGGUUCCCAGAUAGCCAGUUCAUCAAGAAGGACAUCAAGGUCCCUAUCCCGGGCUUCAAGUCCUACAAGCUCAACCUCUUUAGGUUGGUUUGGAGGACAAUCUUCGUCAUCAUCACAACGGUCAUCUCUAUGCUGCUUCCUUUCUUCAACGAUGUGGUCGGUCUUGUCGGGGCACUUGGGUUUUGGCCACUGACCGUCUACUUCCCGGUCGAGAUGUACAUUGUCCAAGAAAAGAUCCCCAAGUGGAGCACCAAGUGGCUCUGCCUCCAAAUCCUAAGCUUCGCAUGCCUCAUCAUCACCAUCGCCGCUGCCGCCGGCUCAGUUGCAGGCGUCGUGCUCAACCUUAAGUCGUAUGAGCCGUUCUCGACCGCCUACUAACCACUGACAUGACGAAACAGAGUCAAAGAAAGAAGCAAUGGGAACUUCGGGUUGAUCAUAAGUAGCUUUCCAAGUGUCAAAUUUACAUGCAUUAGUUACAUCAAAGAUAGUUGAAAUCCACAAUAUCAGCUUUCAUUUAUCAUUGCAAGAACAAGAAGAAACAGGGGAGGGGGCGGCUUGUAUCUAUUUACAUGUAAUUAAGGGCAUGGCUCCUCGUUGUCAACCUUUGUUGUAACUUUUUCUUAUUUUCCAAUGAGAAUAAUUCAUGAACUCCAAACGUUUGACUAA